AUGGCAAAAGAUAAAUCAACUUUUGGUAAACAACUUGCACAUUUUUUAUCAAAAAUGUUUUGGCAUUUGAAUCAACCAGUGGUACCAACGUACAACUUUCCUAAUCAAAAGCAUUCAACAUCAUCAUCAAAAACAUCAAUCAAAAACAAAGUUUCAGCCAAAUCUUCAUACAAAAUUUCACCAAUUAAUGGACAUUACAUACACAGUCAAUGUUCUUCACGACAACGAACCCCUUCAAUACGGCCACGAGUUGCAACAUUAUCAUCAAUUCAAGAAGAAUAG